AUGGGCGCCUGCGGCUGCCUCGCUUCGGCCUCGACGAGUGCCGCGAUUGGUGUUGGAGGAGGGGCUCCUCGGCAUCCACAGGCCGACACCGUCGGCGAGAGCGGCGGCGGCGCGGCCGCGGCCUCGCCCAGCAGCGCGGGCCCCGUCCUGCUCGGCUCGAGGCGUCCGGGGACCGUCGCCGGCAAGGAGGGCGAGGGCGAGCUCCUCGUCGUGGUGCGGGUCGUGAAGGCCGAGCUGAGCCGCAGCUGCCUCAGGGUCGGCAGGAUGGCCCCGCACGCCCUCGUGGUGUGGACCGACUCGGCGGGCUGCCAGUGGGAGGGCUCCCGCACGAGGACCGACCAGAACGGGCAUAUGAACCCGCACUGGGAGCACACCUGCAGCGGCCAGCUCUACUCUGGGCGUGGGGGCGGCGACACCGUCGAGUUCUGGGUGAAGGACAAGGACACCUGCUUGGGCGUUGCCCGCGUGACGGUGGACGACCUGCUCGGGAAGGCCGCAAGCCCGACGGCCGACUCUGACUGCGCCCCCGCUGUGGGCAGCACGAGGCAGCUGGACCUGAGGCUGGACGGCGAGAUCGCUGGCCACAUCACCGUGCAGGGCUUGCUCUACAAGUGCGAUCGCAAGGUCUCAUGCGACGAUGGCGGCCUGCCAGGGGAGGUCCUCACGAGGAUCGACCCCGCGCUGUUCCAGCACCCAGUCAGACGCGUUGGGGUGGCAGGCGGAACCGCGCCGUUUUUCAAGUUGGUCCUAAAUCCCGACGCUCUGGCAAGCGGCAGCCCGGCUCUGCUUGGGGGCAUCACCCGCGACUACUACAUCGGAAAGGACCUGAGCCACGCCGCCGACGAGGUCAGCUUCUACGAGGAGGUGAUGACGCUGAGCGAGAAGGCAGGCAAGGGCGGCAUGGCGGCCCUGGUGUCGUUCCUCGUGGACUACCUCGGGGUGCUGACGGCCGAGGAGGACGCGCCUCCCGAGAAGAGGCAGAAGCCCAGAGACCUGCUGGUGAUGAGGAACCUCGGGAGCGGGUUCAGGAAGCUCCGGAUGCUGGACAUCAAGAUCGGCCAGAAGACGGCGCAGGCGGGCUGGCAGGGCAAGUCCCGCAUGGCCGCGCUGCGCGGCAGCAUGGUGGACAGCGUCACCAACUCGAGCUGCGAGGGCUUCCGCCUCGAGGGUUUCGACGGCCGGCCGCCCUGCCUCGAGUCCAUGGACCCGAUGCUGGACCUCGGCGUCACGGGCGACCGCAAGGUCGUGAAGAAGGCCUGGCGCGUCAUGCUGCAGCGCAUGUCUGGCGCCGAGAUGCUCAUGCACUUCAUGGACACCCACCAGGAUUCGGAGAGCACCGCGCGGCCGGAAGAGGACGUGGGCGAGCGCCUGACCCGCGUCGAGGUCGCCGAGCUGUCGCACCACGAGAUCGUCCGGCGCCUGGCUGGCCUCGCCGUGGCGUGCCGGCAGUGCCCCGUCCCGCAGAAGUGGAUCGGCAGUUCCGUGGCGCUCGGUUACGAUUGCGGCGAGCCGCCGCGGCGCAGUGCGCCAGAGGAGGAGGUGCGGUCUGCGACGAUCGUGCAGCUUUUCGACUGGGGCAGGUCCGAGCUGAACACGCUCGAGAAGCAUAUGGCGAUGUCGGACGAAGACCAGCACGACCGCGCGGAGUUCUGGAGCUACUACGUGGGCGGCGUCGACCGCCUCCUGUGGGAGACCGCCAGGGCCUACAGGCACCGCUUCGGCAAUGCGGAGGGGUGGUCCGCCGUGACGUUUACCCUUUACGACUUCGAUUCGAUGUCGGACAACGACCGGAUGGGCUCGGUGACAGUUCCUCUCGAGCCGACGCCUGAGACGACCGUCAAAUUGUUGCGCGACAGUGGUUCGAAGGUCACAGUCCCUUUUAGGGGCACAUCGAUGCUCACCUACUCCAUCGUGAAGCGGCCUCUGCCAGAGGGCUCGCGUCUCGCGUGCACCUGGCAGGUCAGGGUCAUCCGCGCGGAGAACCUGCCGCGCAUGGACAUAAUGCAAGGGCGGGGCACUUCCGACCCCUUCUGCACAGUGACAGCGGUCUCGGAGCUGGGCGACACGAGGUUCCGGCAGCAGACGAGCGUGAAGGUCAGGAACCUGAACCCAGAAUGGAACGAAGUGUUCGACCUGCCUGUCGCGGCGAGGCCGCGGGGGCUGGAGGCCGCUCUGGAGGAGGUCUCGCCCGCGCUGGUGCGGGAGUCCCUGGACUGGGUGCUGCCCCCGGAGGCGCACAACAGUUACCGCGACAGCGGCGCGGAGGCGGUCCGUGUAACCGCUUCCCUGGCCAGCCUCAACCCGCUCAGCGCCCCGAAGAGGAGCAACGCCGAGCUGGAGGAGCUCAAGGCGCGCGAGUUUGCCGACCGGCUGGACGCGGCCGCGGCUGACCACUCCCGCGAGGCGGAAUGGCAGAUCCCCGGGGUGAGCAGCGGCUGGCGCUCUCGCUAUUGGCGAUCUUUCGAGCAGACCAGCUGCAGCAGCCUCGGGGCGCUGUCGGUGGAGCUGGAGGAGCAGCAGCACGCGGGCGCCGUGCUGUCCUGCAGCCUGUUCGCGUGCAGCUCCUGA